AUGAUUAAAGGUGCUCCUGAGAAGCCUCGACGAACGCUUCAUUAUGUUGAAGAAGCUUUUCGACAAAUUGAAAAGAAGAAAAACAUUCGCGAUAUUGUUAUUGUUAACGAACUGGGUCAUCCAGUAAAAAGCACAAUGGAAUUUAAGUCAUCUGUAAAAUUUGUUGGACUAUUUCAAGAACUUCAAGGCAGAAUAGAGCGAGGAAUGGAACACAUUGAUCCCACUGAUGAAUUCUUGAUGCUGCGGGUACGCACUAAACUCGAUGAAGUUCUAUUAGUGCCAGACUCUAAAAUUACAAUGAUUGUGGUUCAAAAUGCAGAUAAAUAA